AUCGUUUCUUUAUUGUUCUUUGUCACUGCAUCUAUCUUGCGGCAGAUAUCGGACCUUGGUAACCCCUGGCUCCGCUCCCGUCCUCCGCUGCUCCAUAAGGCGCAAUGCCGGUCGCUACAGCCGACGCGCCGGCCGUCGCCCUUUCCUUCGCCAACAACUUCUGGGGCAAGGACGAUGCCGGCGUCGCGCCUCUCCUGGAGCGCAUGCACCAUGCGAAGCAGACGUGCGACGAGCUCCGCUCCUUCUACAGCGCACGCGCAUCGAUCGAAGAUGAGUACGCCCGGAAACUGCUGUCGCUUUGUCGCAAGUCGCUCGGGUCCCAGGAGAUGGGCACGCUGAAGACGUCGCUGGACGUCGUCCGCGGCGAGGUUGAGUCCAUGGCCAAGCAGCACCAGAGCGUGGCCGCGCAGAUGAAGAGCGAGCUGGAAGAGCCGCUGGCCGCGUUCGCCGGCGCCAUGAAGGAGAGGCGCAAGAUCGUGCAGAACACCGUGGAGAAGCUGCUCAAGACCAAGGUGCAGCAGACUCAGCUGGUCAACAAGACACGCGACCGCUACGAACAAGAAUGCCUCAAGAUCAAGGGGUACCUGGCCCAGGGUCACAUGGUCAUGGGUCAGGAGGAGCGCAAGAACAAGGCGAAACUGGAGAAGACGCAAAUCAGCCUGGCGGCGUCCAACGCGGAGUACGAGGCCGCCGUCAAGGCCCUGGAGGAGACGACCGCCCGCUGGAAUAGGGAAUGGAAGGCGGCCGCCGACAAGUUUCAGGACCUCGAGGAGGAGCGCCUCGAUUUCACCAAGAGCAGCCUGUGGUCCUUUGCCAACAUUGCCUCGACCGUCUGCGUCAGCGACGAUGCGUCGUGCGAGAAGAUCCGCCUGUCCCUGGAGAAGAUGGAAGUCGAGAAGGACAUUGCCACCUUCAUCAAGGAGAAGGGAACGGGCCAGGAGAUCCCGGACCCUCCCAAGUACAUCAAUUUCUGCCGCGGAGACAUGGAGUCUCAGUCGGAAGCGUCCGAGGACGAGAGCUACUCGGUCGCGCAGUUCCCGAGGAGCAUCAACCCCGCAUUCCGCUCGUCCUCGCCCCAGCCAUCGACGUUCGAGUCCCAUCACGACCCGAACUCGGCGCUGGCCCGGGAUCUCGGACAUGGCGACCCGGCAGCAGCAGCACAGAGCCGGGAGGCCUCCGUGACGCCGCAGAAGGCCCCUGCUAUCCCGCCUCAGGAAAACCCGCGGUCGAGACGAGAGCCGCCGAGAGGGUACCAACCUCCCCGAGCCAGCAACCUCGAGUACGACCCCAACGAGUUUGCCCCUGUUCCUCACGACCCGUACCCGAUGGACGGCAUGACCAUGCUCUGCAGACCCACCGCAUCGGACCUGAGCACGGCGCCGUCGACGUCGUCUGCGCGGCCCUCUAGCAGAGACUCCCACAGCGAGACGUCGUUUUCCAGCCAAGAGCCGCCGCAGCCCUUGUCGCCCGUCAAGCAGCAGGAGCAGGCGACUCCCGCGGCCUCUCCCGAGAAGAAGGUUCUUAAGAAAAAGAGUGGAUUCUUCCAGAAUCACAGCCCCUUCCGGCGGAAGAGCACCAGGGAGGUCGCGCCGGCGGCGACGAACAGGAACACGUGGAAUGGCUCGAGUGGCGGGCACAGCCGGCCUCAGCUGGCCGCGGCCGCCUCUCCCAGGGAGAGCAACAACCACCAGGUCAUGGGUCCGGAGCGCAGCGUCAGCCCGGACCCGAUCGCCCCGAACGCGAGCCUCGCGCUGAACGUCGGGCAGAACGUCUUCGCGGUGGAGACCCCCGAUCGCCAGAAGCCGGCGGCUGCGCCGGCCACUCCCGAGGACGACCCGAUCGCGAUGGCCCUGGCCGAGCUGAAAGGGGUGACGCUCGGCAAGAACACGGGCGCAGGCGCGACGCCGACGAGGGUGUCAGCGGACCACUACCACGGCAUCGCCACGCCGGCUCCUGGCACCAGCCCUUCGCGUCCCAUGUCCGGCCUGGGCAGCAGCGGCAGCAGCAGCGCGGUCGCGGCAGCGAUGCGCGGAACACCCCCGCCAUCCUACGACCAGCAGGUCCAGGUCCAGCGCCUCGGCGUGCCCCCGCCCGCGGUCACGUCCAAGGCCAUGAAGGAGUCCUCGCAGAAAUUCCAGCAGCAGACGCGCAGCCUGUUCGGCAGCCCGUCGGACCGGCCGGGAUCCGGCGGCGGCUACGGCGGCAGCCCCAUGUCGCGGCCCGGCACGCGAGGCGGCAGCGACGUCCCGCGCGCGGCGUCCCCCGCGCCGCAGCGCAGCGUCUCGCCGCGCCCAACCUCCUCCUCCCACGCCAGCCCGCACUACUCGCGCCGUUCCGCCUCCCCGGCGCCCUACGCCGGCAGCCAGCGCGGCUCGGUAACCCAGCUGGCCAUGAUGACGCCCAAGCGCGGCGCCGACCAGCCGUACUACCACCGGCAGGGAUCGCCGAACGAGAUGGCCGUGCGCGCCGCGUCCCCGGCCGCCGGCCCCUACAACAGCAACAACAACAACAUCAGCGGCAGCAACAGCCCGCGCAUCGCCGCGGCGGCGGUGGCAACACCCGACUACCCCCGCCCGUCGAGCAGCAGCAUGGACAUGGCGGUGCAGCUCGCGCCCGGCCCCGGGGGGCAGGGGCUGGGACAGGGCCACGGACAGGAUGACGGCUACGGCUCGAUGCGCGGCAGGCAUGUGCGGUCCAACACGGCGGCUAGCAUCCGCGGCGGCGGCAGUAUGAGCUUGUACGAGGGCCCCGGGCCGGUCGCGCAGCCUGCGCCGGCGCGGCCGCGGAGCAAGAGCGUGGCGGAUCCGAACCGGUAUACGCGGGACGGGAGGCCGAUUUUGCAUUUUGCGCGAGCGCUGUACAUGUACCAGGCCGCCAUCCCCGAGGAGCUUGGGUUUGCCAAGGGUGAUAUCCUGGCGAUCCUGCGGCACCAGGACGACGGCUGGUGGGAGGCCACGGUGCAGGGCGGGAACGGCCAGAUCGGCCUGGUCCCCAGCAAUUACCUGCAGCCGUGCUAGAUGGCCGACUCCCAGAUGCGAUGUGUGGAGGCUGGGUACGAGGCCGGAUGCGAGGCCGGAUCGUCUGGUGGUCCGGUCUGUUGGGUGAGUUAAGUGAAUGAAUGUGUGAGUGGCUGAUUGAGUGAGAAACCGAGCGAGAGAAACUGAGAGCGCGUAU